CUAAGCUCUCUUUCCUAAACCCAACAAACAAAGCACAAAAUAAGCAGAAACCUUUACCAAAGCACAAAAACACAAUUGAUCUUCCCUUGUGAAAAAUCUCUAAUGUCUUCCUCUACAUGUAGUUGGGUAAAAACCCAGAUUCCACAUACUCUUCCAAGACGAAGCAAUACGAUUCAUUCAACUUUGCACUCUCCUUCGGUUCUCCACUUCCCAAAACCAACGUAUGAAACAACCCUCCACCAGGCCGAACAACAGCAGCCGAAGGGGAACUUCCUUCAGAAAGCUGCUUCCAUGGCGCUUGACAUGGCUGAAAACGCCUUGCUAUCACUCGAGCUUCAACACCCACUUCCUAAAACGGCUGACCCACGCGUGCAAAUCGCAGGAAACUUCGCUCCGGUACCCGAACAACCCGUGAAGCGAUCUCUUCCCCUCACCGGAACUAUCCCUUCUUGCAUCAACGGUGUUUACCUCCGUAACGGCGCCAACCCUUUGUUCGAGCCGGUCGCUGGACAUCACUUGUUCGAUGGUGAUGGCAUGAUACAUGCCGUCACCAUCGAUAAUGGAAAAGCUAGCUACGCUUGUCGGUUUACUGAAACGCAAAGGUUAAAACAAGAAAGGGAAUUAGGUCGUCCUGUUUUCCCUAAAGCAAUCGGUGAACUACACGGUCACUCGGGGGUUGCGAGGCUUUUACUUUUUUACGCGAGAGGCGUUUUUGGCCUCGUCGAUCACAAGCAAGGCACCGGUGUUGCUAAUGCUGGUUUAGUCUAUUUUAACAACCGGCUGCUCGCUAUGUCCGAGGAUGAUCUUCCUUACCACGUUCGGAUCACUCCGUUGGGUGAUUUAGAAACCGUCGGAAGAUACAAUUUUGAUGAUCAACUCAAAUCAACAAUGAUUGCACAUCCCAAAAUAGACCCUUGUUCCAAGGAACUCUUUGCUUUGAGUUACGAUGUCGUCCAAAAGCCUUACUUGAAGUAUUUCAAGUUUUCACCCGACGGUACCAAGUCACCCGACGUCGAGAUUCCUUUACCGGUGCCAACUAUGAUGCAUGAUUUCGCCAUCACCGAGAAUUUCGUGGUGAUCCCCGAUCAACAAGUGGUGUUCAAGCUACAAGAAAUGAUAACCGGCGGCUCUCCCGUUAUUUACGACAAGGACAAGAAGUGUCGGUUCGGGAUUCUCUCGAAAAAUGCGAGCGAUGCUAAUGAUAUCAAAUGGGUCGAAUCCGAUGAUACCUUCUGUUUCCAUCUGUGGAACGCUUGGGAAGAGCCGGAAUCCGAUGAAGUCGUGGUGAUCGGUUCUUGCAUGACACCACCCGACUCUAUUUUCAACGAAAGCAACGAGAGUUUAAAGAGUGUGCUCUCGGAAAUCAGGCUUAACUUAAAGACAGGUGAGUCCACGCGCCGCCCCAUAAUCUGGGAAUCCAAUCAAGUGAACUUGGAAGCCGGGAUGGUGAACAAGAACCGACUUGGGAGGAAGACAAGGUACGCUUAUCUCGCCAUUGCCGAACCAUGGCCGAAAGUUUCGGGAUUUGCCAAGGUCGAUCUUUUCACCGGGGAGGUAAAAAAACACAUGUACGGCGACAAAAAAUACGGCGGGGAACCAUUUUUCUUGCCUCGAGAAGACGGUUCCGAAACAGCUGAAUGCGAUGGGUACAUUCUUUCCUUUGUUCACGAUGAAAAGACAUGUAAAUCGGAGCUCUGUAUUGUGAACGCCAUGAAUUUACAGGUCGAAGCUUCGAUUAAGUUACCUUCGAGAGUUCCUUACGGCUUUCAUGGAACUUUUAUCGACUCAAAGUCCCUGAUCAAUCAAGCUUAAUUAGACAUAAAUUAAGUUCUAAAAAGGAGAUUUUUACCAGAGGGAUGAUUCACAGCACAGAUCCCCGGAUUCUCCUGGAACUUUAUCUUUUUGGGUUAGUUUAUUAUAUGUAUACACAUAUACAUAGGUUUCAAGGGACCAGCUUGAAGCUUUUUAGCAUUUGUAGCUAGAAAAUUUGAGCUCAGCUGGUUUAUGUUUCCUCCUCCUUCCUGUUUAUCACUUUU